UGACUGGAGAAACAGGAAGUCUAUGUUGUAUUAUUUUAUACUCUGCGUAACACUGCUCUCUAACACAUGUGGACUGACUGAACGUGAAUCUUUUAGGUUUGCACCUGUCAGCCAUGAUCUAAAAUACUGAUGUUUUCCUGGCUACAAGGCGAAGGCACACCAGUUUGUUUCAGUACUGUAAUAUGAUUCAGUGCUGAAUUCAGGAAGUGAAUCAACUCAACAUGGCAUCCCUGCUGCUCUUUGGAUCACUGCUUUUACUCUCAGGAGCGGCUCAAGGGUCCAAUAACUCCAUCCCUCUGGUCAUAUGGCAUGGAAUGGGUGAUAACUGCUGCAACCCUCUGAGCAUGGGUGCUAUAAAGAAAAUGGUGGAAGAGGAGCUGCCUGGUAUAUACGUGCUGUCUCUCAUGAUUGGAAAGACUCUAAAAGAGGACACAGAAAGUGGAUUUUUCAUGGAUGUUAAUGAGCAAGUGGCUUUUGCGUGUGAUAAAAUAGCACAGGACCCUAAAUUGAAGGGAGGAUACAAUGCAAUGGGAUUCUCUCAGGGCGCACAGUUUCUACGUGCUGUGGCACAGAGAUGUCCUUACCCUCCAAUGAAGAAUCUCAUCUCAGUUGGUGGACAGCAUCAAGGAGUUUAUGGUUUGCCUCGAUGCCCUGGUGAGAGUUCUCAUAUUUGUGACUGGAUCCGGAAGGCACUGAACUCUGGGGCCUACACAGAUUUAGUGCAGAAACACUUGGUCCAGGCGCAGUACUGGCACGAUCCACUCAACGAUGACUUGUACAAACAGCAUAGCCUGUUUCUUGCUGAUAUAAAUCAAGAGCGGGUAGUGAAUGAGACCUACAAGAAGAACCUCAUGACUUUGGAGAAGUUUGUAAUGGUUAAGUUUCUACAAGACACCGUUGUGGACCCUGUGGUAACUGAGUGGUUUGGCUUCUUCAAAACUGGUCAGGCUAAGGAGACUGAGACUUUGCAGGAAAGUGCUUUAUAUAAAGAGGAUCGCCUGGGACUGGCAGAGAUGGAUAAAGCUGGAAAACUGGUCUUUCUUGCUAGUGAUGGAGAUCAUUUACAGUUUACUAAAGAGUGGUUCGAUGCCAAGUUACUCCCAUAUUUGCAGUAAUCCCCCCAGCUGUCUGUGUUAAUAGCAGAUCAGUAACAAGAAGAGACAGAACCGAUAUGCUCACAUACCCUAAUGCUGGAUUACUUAUGUAUAUCAGUUUAAUGACACAUUAUGUACUAACUAUAAAUCAGGUCAAUUUUAUUGCACUGAUGUUUUGCUUCCUUAAGCUGACCUGAGUGAAAUCAGAUUCACCUGACCCUUAACCUGAAUUCAUAAAGCUUCAUAAUAGGUCUUAAAUUUGAGUUUAAACCUAUAAACAGUAGAAUGUUCUGUAUCUUGUGUUCACGUGGUUGUAAACAUUCAUGGAAAAACAUUUGGACUUCUCAGCAAGAGCAGAUGAAAACGAUGUAAUUAAACUAAAUUUCAGCCGGUCACAACAUAAUUCAAAGGUUCUAAUCUUACUAUAACAUGGAAGCCUUUUAACCUAGAAACUUUACAAGGAAAGAAACAGCCUGCAAUUAUAUGGCCUCAAUUUUCACAACCAAGUGACUCUGCUGAAUUUUCUGCUUGAAGUUUUUUUUAACUUACUAGUUUUAUUUUUACAUAAAUGUUUUAAGACCCAAAUUUCAUUAUUAUUUUAUAUUAUUAUUUUACAUUUUCAGUGAAAUGUAAAUGUAAAUUUCAGUCAAAUUAUGCAUCCCUGUUUCUUUCAAGCUUUUUUAUUAAAUGGGUUCCAGGUUCUGGUGGAUCUGAUUUACAGAACCAACUGAUUUUUGCAAAGCCAUCAGAUUCUAAUGUGAAUGUGUACUUUAUGUGAAGGCAAUUAAUAAAAACUCAAGUUUUACUAUUCUCAAUACAUUUGUUUAAUUGA